GGAGAUAAAUUGUAUCUUGUUGGGAAGCAGCGAAAUGUCGGUUGAUACCAUACACUGUUUGUGCAAUAUAAUUAGCCCAUGUCGCAAUGAAUUGGCUACAACUUUUAUUUUGGUACAAUGGCUAGUAACGGCCAUUUCAACUAUUUUGAAUACUGUGCGGCCAGUGUUAAGUUUCUUUGGCAUUAGGGCUCAAGUGGAACUGAACGAAGAGGACUAUAAUGACACCUGGAUGUAUAUGCCCGAUGGUGAUGGGCAACCUCAGGUGGCCUAUUUGGUUGAGCCACCUCCUGAGGAUAAUCGCAAUGAAGUGCCGCAGAUUAUACAAUUUGAAUACUAUGGAAGUUCAAAUCCUUCGGAGCCUGUGGUCAGCAAUGUGUGGUUAAACGAAGAGGGAAUUACUCGCCACAAACGUGAUACUUGGGAAGAAAUGGCUGAAAAAUUCAAUCCUGCUUUGGAUACAAAAAUUUUGGUACAUGGUUGGAAGUCGAGCACACAAAGUAAUUCCAUACAAUCGAUUCGAGGAGGUUAUAUAAAAAGGGGUCAUGUCAAUGUUUUUGCCAUCAAUUGGAGGGAUCAAGCUGAUAAUAUUUACUAUCUAAGGCCGGCCCGUUAUACUGUACAAGUGGGUCGAGCGGUUGCCAAACUUAUUGAUCUUUUGGUUGAGGAGAAGAACGCUGAUCCCAAACGCAUCCACUUGAUAGGUCAUAGUUUGGGUUCACAUAUAAUGGGCUAUGCUGGAUCUUAUACCAAAUAUCGAGUUUCAAGAAUAACGGGCUUAGAUCCCGCCCGUCCCGCUUUUGAAGACUGCAUAGGACCUGAAAAUCAUUUGGAUCACACAGAUGCCGAAUUUGUAGAUGUUAUCCAUAGUUGUGCUGGUUAUCUGGGCUUUAAAAACCCCAUAGGACAUGCAGAUUUCUAUCCUAAUGGUGGCAGUCCACCACAGCCUGGAUGUAGUGAAAUUGGGCAAAUAUUUACUGGUUGCAGCCAUGGAAGAUCAUAUGAAUACUAUGCCGAAUCUAUUAACAGCGAUAAGGGUUUCUAUGCUCUUCCUUGCACUUCACUGUUCGAUAUCAAGGGUAAUAAUUGUACAGGUGACAAAAUCCUAAUGGGUGAUCCAAUACCACAUACGGCGCAAGGUAUUUACUAUCUAAAGACUUCGGACAAACCUUCAUUUGCCUUGGGCAUGAUUUAAAAACGAUUAUCGUAUAUAUUCAACUUGUAUUAAAAUUUCUAUUAUAUUAAAGAUCUUUUGUGGAAAAUA